UUAGUCUUCGCAUUCGCUAAUCUGGGUUGUGCUCGCGCUGGUCGGUUUAACGGUUUGACGGCUUAAUGUUGUAGGCGUAGUGACUCUGUGUGCUUCUGAUCGGGAGAAAUUAUAUACAAAAACACUGCGCAUUCUACGAUGAGUGCACCAGAUUCUCAUUUUGCGAAUUUGUUUUAAUUACUGUAAUGAAAAAGUGCAAAAUUUUAAUUGUGCAAAUGAAAAUCAAGAAAUUAGUUACUCAAACUAUAUGCGCUGAGUUUGUGCUAUUUUUCAAUGUUUUUUGUGUGACCGGAUUCUACUUGAUUAACACAACAACGCGACGCAUCCCCAUCAGCAGCUCGGUACCGCUUACGUCAAAAAACACACCGACGACAACAGUGAGAUAUCGAGAGUAUCACAUCUACAAAAAUAUUUUCAAUUACAGCUGUAGACAGAACAUUUAAUAAGCCUGUAAACAGCCAUAAUAAGUAAAUUCAGCAGUUUUGAAAAAGAGUAAACAAAUUUCCCAAGUGCUCAUCAGUGAAAGUACUUCAUUCAUCGCGAGCAACUCUCUUCACCUCGCUGAAAAUGUUGGAGCUUGAUAAAAUCUUGGAAAAAUGCGGUGAUUAUCAUCGUUUGCAAGCGAUCAUGUUGUUAUUAUUUUGCAUCAUCAAUCUGCUAUCAGCGCUGCAUUACUACUCACAAACGAUCAUCAGCUUCGUGCCGAAAUACUGGUGCAUCGAUGGCUACACGAAUCCCACGGAUGCUUAUGCGGAUGCCAGCAGGCAGGCAGGUUCCUCGUGUCUGCCGCAACGUUUUGCAGCUGGUAUUGAUGAUGACGCAAUGACAGUGGAGAUGAAUGUCUCAGCAGCGAAUUUGGCGAAUUUGUCACACACGUGUCAGCAUUUCGAUUAUGAGCUAUAUAUGGGUUAUCAAAGUUUCACGAGCGAAUUGAAUUGGAUUUGCGAUCGUGCUUGGCAGGUGACAUUGGGUCAAGCAAUGUUUUUUGUUGGCUCUGUGGUGGGCAGUUUGUUGUUUGGUUUCUUAGCUGAUAGUUUGGGUCGUCUUCCGAUUUUAAUUGCGGCGAAUGUUGUGGCGAUGGUUGGUAAUUCGUUGACGGUUUUUGGCACAACCUUGCCAACAUUUUCGUUUUUUCGUUUCCUGUCCGGCAUGGCGACAGAUAGUAACUUCGUUAUGAUGUAUAUUUUGGUUAUGGAAUAUUUACGCCCCUCACUGCGUACCGUCGGCCUGAGCAUCUGCAUUGGCUUCUUCUACUGUCUUGGCUCAAUGGCUGCACCAUGGAUUGCUGUAUUGCUGCACACAUGGCGAGGCUUCCUCCUGGCCACCUCAGCACCGUUCGCCAUUGUGCCGCUGUUCUACUUCAUUGUGCCCGAGAGCGUGCAGUGGCUGAUCUCGAAGCAGAAAUACGACAAAGCCGUGCAGUGUUUAAUGCGUGUAGCGAAAAUCAAUGGACGUACAGUAGACGAAUCUGUCUACACCGAAUUCAUAGAUGAAUGCAAACGUAGCCAGCUGCAUACGAAAUCUGGUCCAAAUCUCUUUGGGCUAUUUGUAACGCCACGACUGCGACGCAACACGCUCAUAUUGUUUUUCAAGUCUAUGGUCAUCACUUUGUGUUACGACGCGGUGUCGCGGAAUGUUCAAGGUCUCGGCAUAUCGCCAUUUGUCAUGUUCACAUUGAGCGCCACGGCCAUACUGCCGGCCUGUAUACUGUUGAUCGUGUUGCAAGAUCGUAUCGGACGCAAAGCGAUGGCAUCCAUGUCGCUGCUGCUGAGUGGCGUUUUUAUAUCGGUAACCGGUGCGAUACUCUUUUGCACGGAUCGUAGUGGUGGCGAGAAGGACGUAUUGCUUGUGGUAGUCUUGUCGGUUAUUGGACGCUUCGGUGUAACAGUCGCCUAUAAUUCUGGAGCACAAUAUGCCACAGAGUUGAUACCCACAUGCGUGCGUGGGCAAGGCGUUGCAGUUGUGCAUGUCAUGGGUUAUGCCUUUACUUUCUUCAGCUCUUACAUUCUAUACACGCGCUCUUUUUUCCAACCCAUGCCGGAGAUAAUUUUGGGUAUACUAUCACUUUUGGGCGCCGGAUUGUGUUUGCUGCUGCCAGAGACACUGAACAGAACUUUGCCAACAUCUUUGGAAGAUGGUGAAAAUUUUGGCAAAAACGAACGUUGGUACAAUUUCAGUUUUCUGGAGCAACGCACACAGUCCGUAGAUGUCUUGGCUGCGAAUGCGGGUUCGCAGAGUAUACGGGACAAUGGAGCGGCUUAUUUUUAGGGCGGACAAAUUUAUUUUCACUUGUAAAUACAUACAUACAUAGUUCCUAAGUGUUAAGGUCUUAAUAAGUGCUAGUGAAUUAUAUUAGUGAAUAAUAUUGACAAUAAA